AUGGGGCUCUGGAACUCCACCUUGGGAAGUGGCUUCAUCUUGAUGGGCAUUCUGAAUGACAGUGGAUCUCCUGAACUGCUCUGUGCCACAAUUGCAGUCCUGUACAUGCUGGCCCUGACCAGCAAUGGCCUGCUGCUCCUGGUCAUCACAAUGGAUGCCCGGCUCCAUGUGCCCAUGAGGCAACUCUCACUCAUGGAUCUCCUCUUCACAUCUGUUGUCACCCCCAAGGCCCUUGUGGAUUUUCUGCACCAAGAAAACACCAUCUCCUUUGGAGGCUGUGCACUUCAGAUGUUCCUGGCACUGACAUUGGGUGGUGCAGAGGACCUCCUGCUGGCCUUCAUGGCCUAUGACAGGUAUGUGGCCAUAUGUCAUCCUCUGAACUACAUGGUCCUCAUGAGUCCGAGGGUCUGCUGUCUCAUGGUGGCCACUCCCUGGAUCUUGGCAUCCUUGAAUGCUUUAGGGCACACCUUGUAUACCAUGCACUUCCCUUUCUGCAUGUCCCAGGAAAUCAGGCACCUGCUGUGUGAGAUCCCACCCUUGCUGAAGCUGGCCUGUGCUGAUACUUCUAGAUAUGAGCUCAUGGUGUAUGUGACAGGUGUGACUUUCCUCUUGCCCCCCCUCUGUGUCAUUGUUGCUUCCUACAUGUUAAUCCUAUUUACUGUGCUCCACAUGUCCUCUAAUGAGGGAAGGCAGAAAGCUCUUGUCACAUGCUCUUCUCACUUGACUGUGGUUGGGAUGUUCUAUGGAGCUGCUACAUUUAUGUAUGUCCUGCCCAGUUCCUUCCACAGCCCGAAGCAGGACAACAUCAUCUCUGUUUUCUAUACAAUCGUCACCCCAGCCCUGAACCCUCUCAUCUAUAGUCUGAGGAAUAAGGAGGUCAUGGGGGCUCUGAGGAGGAUCCUGGGAAAAUACAUGUUGCCGACACCCUCCAUAUUCUAG